AUGGGUUCCAUUUCUCAUAACUCGAAGCGCUCUAUUACGGACAAGGACAUCUCGAUCUUGAAAGAACUGCUUGCCAAAACAAGCCCCACACUGCUCACAUCCGAGGACAGCAAGUACCCCGCAUCGAUCGCACGCUGGUCGUCUGCGGCGCAGAAACCAGCAGGCCUCGUACUUGCUCCCAAGUCGAACGAGGAGAUUUCCAUUGCGGUGAAGUACGCCGCUGAACAGGGCAUUGACGUUGCCGUGAAGGGCGGCGGGCACUCCACCGCCGGUGUCAGCAGCACGGAUGGUGGACUCCUUAUUGAUUUGAAUGCUCAUAUGCGCAAUGUCGAGGUCGAGGUUGAGAAGAAGCUGCUGAGAGUCCAAGGUGGGUGUAACUGGGGAGACGUGGAUAACGCAGGCUUCAAGUAUGGUCUUGCUACGGUAGGUGGCACAGUCACCGAUACUGGAGUUGGAGGUCUAGCGUUGGGUGGUGGAUAUGGGUUCCUCACCGGACAACGAGGACUCACCAUCGACAACUUGGUUGAGGCAACUGUGGUACUCGCCAGCGGUGAGAUCGUGACGGCAAGCAAGGAUGCACAUCCAGACUUGUUCUGGGCUUUAAGCGGUGCAGGCCAAAACUUUGGGGUGGUGACAGAUUUUGUUCUCCAAGCCUACGACCAAGGCGAGGUAUGGGCAGGCCUGCUCAUAUUUCCCCCAACGCCUGAAGUGAUUGAGAAACUUGUCGUUGCCCUCAAUGAUUUGUAUACUGCGGACAAAAAUGGAAAGACCAAUGGAGCUGGUCUCGCAGCGGGGGGACUGGUGUUCAUGAGACCACCACCAACAUUUGAGCAGAUCGCUCUGGCCAUCCCAACGAUCUACUUUGGUACAGAGGCUGAAGCCAAACAGGCUUUUAAAGCAUUCUACGACCUUGGGCCUAUCGUUGACACUACUAGCCUGGUGCCUUAUCCUGUCAUCAACACUUUAACGGCCCCGCCAAUUGGUCUACGAGCGAGCAUGAAAGGCGCAGCAUUUACAAUGCCCCUUCGUAAGGCUUUUGUGGAAGAAGUUCUGGCUAAUUUCAUUCAAUUUACCGAAGGCAACGAGGAUGCGAGGGGCAGCCUCGUCUUCUAUGAGAUGUACGACCCCGUGAAGGUCGUGGCAUCAGACUUUGGCAGCUUUGCCAAUCGAGGCACCCAUAUGAACGGUAUGAUUUGCCCGCUGUGGACGAAACCUGAAAAUGACCAAGCUUUCCGGAAAUGGGCGCGAGACAUCAAUGAAAUGUUCAAGGACGAGUUGAAAAAGUCCGGGCUGGAGACUGGAAAGGGCGUCGACGGUGGUGUUGGAGUCCGUGGAAAUAAAGGGGCCGUACUCCUGUAUGGCAAUUACGACCAAUAUGAUGAAAAAUCUCGCGAUAUCUUCGGCGACAAUUAUCCAAAAUUGCAAAAGCUCAAGGCUCAGUAUGAUGCCACAAAUGUGUUCAACAAGUUGUUUGCUAUCACGCCGCAAGCAUAA